GUAGCAGAGUCUAGGGUGUGUAGGUGGUAACGUUCAGGCCCUGAGCAGACCGCUGACCAGACAGGCAGGCAGACACUGGGAGCUCUGGGGAGAGCCGGAGUGGAAACCGAUGCCUGAGUGUGGUCCUGGCGGCCCACAGCCGUGCAGCAGCGCAGGGUGGGGAGGGGGCCGGCUGGCAUCUAGUACGUGGAGGCCAGAGGUGCGGCCAGACACCCUGUAGUGCUCAGGCCAGCCCCUCCCAGCACAGAAUCACCCCGCCCAAAACAUCAUCCCUGUGAGGUCGAGAAACCCUGACGCAGACGAAUAAAAAUUUGCACUAUAGUUCCUGAGGUACUUAAAAAAACAAAAACAAAAACCCUUAUUUUGAUCCUCAGGUGACUCAUUACUUCUUAAAUAGUAAUGGUAUCUUCUCCACUAGACUGUGAGGCUCAUUCCCCUUUGUUUUCUUCAUCUUUGUGUUCCCAUUUUGUAUCAUUCUGAAUCCACACACGCAUUUAUUAAUAAUAACAGUUAGAGCCCGGGAGAAGGCCCGGAGGACGGCGGCCUCCUGGAGGCUAGGCUGUGACCCGCGGCUGCUGCCUUGCCUUCUGGGCUUGGGCGGUGGCCAAAGCUCAGGGCUGGUUAAGGGGGCUGCUGGGUGGGUGGUCUGUCGGCCGUGCAGCUAGUCGGAGAUGGUUUCACAGCACACAGUGGCUGCGGGCUGAUCCUGUUAAGAUACUAAUGCCGUCACUGUCCCCUGCAAUGGAAGAAGGGAACAUUGUGAAAUGGCUGAAAAAGGAAGGUGAAGCUGUGAGUGCUGGAGAUGCCUUAUGUGAAAUAGAGACUGACAAGGCUGUGGUUACCUUAGAUGCAGGUGAUGAUGGCAUCUUGGCCAAAAUAGUGGUUACAGAAGGAUCUAAAAAUAUACGGCUAGGUUCACUAAUUGGUUUGCUAGUUGAAGAAGGAGAAGAUUGGAAACAUGUUGAAAUUCCCAAAGAUAUAGGUCCUCCAUCACCCGCUUCAAAACCAUCAGUGCCUCGCCCCUCACCAGAACCACAGAUUUCUAUCCCUGUCAUAAAGGAACACACACCGGGAAAACUGCAGUUCUGUUUAAUUCCAGCUGCCCGCAAUAUUCUGGAAAAACACUCACUGGAUGCUAACCGGGGAACAGCCACAGGUCCUCGGGGGAUAUUCACUAAAGAGGAUGCUCUCAAACUGGUCCAGUUGAAACAGAUGGGCAAGAUCACAGAAUCCAGAGCCACUCCAGCCCUGCCAACCACUCCCACGGCGCCUUUGCCCCCACAGCCCGCAGCUGCGCCCUCCUAUCCCCGGCCAGCAAUCCCUCCAGUAUCAACUCCUGGACAACCUAAUGUAGCGGGUACAUUCACUGAAAUCCCUGCUAGCAAUAUUAGAAGAGUUAUUGCCAAGAGGUUAACUGAAUCUAAAAGUACUGUACCUCAUGCAUACGCUGCUACUGACUGUGACCUGGGAGCUGUUUCAAAAGUUAGGCAAAAUCUGGUCAGAGAUGACGUUAAAAUAUCAGUAAAUGAUUUUAUCAUCAAGGCAGCAGCUGUUACCCUUAAGCAAAUACUGAGUGUUAAUGUAACCUGGGAUAGAGAAGGCCCAAAACAACUGCCCUUUAUUCACAUUUCAGUGGCUGUGGCAACAGAUAAAGGUUUAAUUACACCAAUCCUAAAAGAUGCUGCUGCUAAGGGUCUACAGGAGAUUGCUGACUCUGUAAAGGCUCUGUCAAAGAAAGCGAGAGAUGGGAAAUUGUUACCUGAAGAAUACCAAGGAGGAUCUUUUAGUAUUUCCAGCUUGGGGAUGUUUGGCAUCGAUGAAUUUACUGCAGUGAUCAACCCUCCUCAGGCCUGCAUUUUGGCUGUUGGGAGAUCCCGACCUGUGCUGAAGCUCACCCAGGGUGAAGAGAGGAAUGCCAGACUGCAGCAGCACCAGCUCAUAACGGUCACAAUGUCCAGUGACAGCCGAGCCGUAGAUGAUGAACUGGCUACCAGGUUUCUGCAACAUUUUAAAGCAAACCUAGAGAAUCCUACCUGA